AUGAGUUUGAAUUUGAAUUUGACACUAAAUGAUGACGUGAAUUCGAAUUCUCGCCAGGCGGCGGGCCCCGUACAAAUGAGUAUUGAGUUUUGUCGUUUGGUAGUGGCGUCAUGUUUGCAACACAACCGCUCGCUGCGGCGGCUGGCGCUGAGCAACGUGAGCGCGACGCGCGUGUGCGUGGACUGGCUGCGGGACAUGCCGCACCUGCAGCGGCUCGACCUCACCAGGAACAACGUCACCGAGCUCGUGUUUAGCGACCUGAACAGAAUGAAACGCAACGACGACAAUUCGGUGAUAGACCUGUCCCACAACCCCGUGCGCGCCGUCGACGCGACGGCCGAGGACUACGAGGCCAGCCUCCACGAGCGGCCCGACACUCAGGGCACCGUGCUGCUGGACUCUGAUUUCGUGUGCGACUGCACCGCGUUCUGGUUCUGGCGGGCGCUGCGCGCCGGGCGCGUGGUGGUGCGCAUGGAGCCGCGCUGCGCCGGCGGCGGCGCGCUGCGCGAGCUGCGGCCCGCCGCCAUGCGCUGCGCCGUGCAUCAGGCGCGGUGUGCGCCCUGCAGCUGCCACGCGGCGCUGCUGGACGCCGGCGCCGCGCGCCUGCACGUCACGUGCGCCGGCGCGCCGCCCGCGCGCCUGCUGCUGCACCCGCCCAGCCCCAUCCGCGCCCUCACGCUGGCGGGCGCCGGCCUGACCGCCGCGCCCGACCUGCCGCCGCUCGACCUUCAGUGGCUGGACCUGGACAACAACUCGAUAUCGCGCGUGGACGCGGCGCUGUUCGAGCGCGCGCGGCGCGUGCGCCUCACGCGCAACCCGCUGGCGUGCGACUGCGCGCCGCACUCCGCGCUGCCGCUGCUGCGCCGCUACCGGCACCAGUUGGAGUACUUCAACGAGACUCGUUGUGCGGACGGCACGCUGGCGGCCGACGCGCUGCGGAUGCAGUGCGGGGCGGAUGAGGGGGCGGGGGCGGGGGCGGGGGCGGGGUGGGGCGGCGGCGCGGCGGCGGCGGCGCUGGGCGCGGGCGCGGCGGCCGCGGCGCUGCUGGCGCUGCUGCUGGCGCGGGAGCCGCUGCGGCUGCGGCUGAAGGUACGCGGCCCGAUCUCGGUUACUGAUCAAUUUGUGCACCGAUACAUCGGCUGUCCCAGUUCAAAACCUAGUAACUGUUUUGGACUAAAUUUUACAGGAGAGCAAAAAAACUCUUUUUAGUGUAGCUCUUUUAAACUAUUUAACACCUGUUGAGAAAUUAUUCUUUACAAGAAGGAGUAGUUUGAAACUGUUAAUUUGAUAUAUAAAUUAUUUGUCUAAGUUUCAUUCUACAAAUUUUAUGAGCUAAAAUAUUUUUAA